AGAAAAGGUAUAUAUAUAUAUAAUAUAUGAUCAGAUGUUCAAAAACCCUAAAGCACGUUUCAUCACCCAAAUCUGCCGCCGCCGCCUCCACCUCCACCGCCAUUGCCGCCAUAGUUGAUCCUGAGUAAUGGAUUCGAGUUACUCUGAUUCUCGUCCCAUGUUCGUGCAAUCGCCUUGGAAUCAAACGCAUACGAAUGAUUCAAUGCCUUAUCCGAUGAACAACGAACAAUCUGAAUCACAAUCUCAGCCUUCUUUGAAAAGGCCAAGACUCCACGAUGAUACCGUCUUUACUCCCACGAGUAACAACAGUUCUUGGAUGGCUCCACCGUCAAACACUCCUCCUAUGAACAAAGGGACGGCUAACAUAUUCUACAAGACGAGGAUGUGUGCAAAGUUCAAGGCGGGGACUUGUAUGAAUGGAGAUCCUUGCAAUUUCGCACACGGCAUGGAGGAUCUGAGGCAGCCUCCUUCUAAUUGGCAGGAGAUUGUUGGACCUCCUCCUCCUGCUGUUCAAGACAGGGCAAGAGAAAGGGAAAGGGAAAGGGAAAGGGAAAGGCCGUCUUCUUCUUCUGUGUCUGCUAGUAAUUGGGAAGAUGAUCAGAAGAUAAUCUUGAGGAUGAAGCUUUGCAGGAAGUUUUGUUUUGGUGAGGAGUGUCCUUAUGGGGAUAGGUGUAAUUUCGUUCAUCAGGAUCUUUCCAAGUUUCGUGAUGAGUCUGGGAAAUUGAGAGAGAGUUUGGCUAUAAGCGUUGGUACUAAUCCAGCUUCUGUUGAGAAUGGUGGUGGUACUGGUUCUCAUCAAGUGGAAGUGAAUAGACGAGGAGGCAUUCCUGUACCUGCAUCGUUGAAUAAUGGUGUUGUCAAGACUGUGUACUGGAAGACUAGGAUAUGCAUGAAGUUUGAGAAUGGUCAGUGUCCUUUUGGAGAUAACUGUCACUUUGCUCAUGGCCAAGCAGAGCUGCUAUAUUACUCUGGAGAAGCUGUAAACGCAGCAGCGUCUUUGAGUAAACAAACGGUGGUGCCUGGUAACGAAGCAUUUGCGAUGAAACCGAGUGCAGCACAAGUAGUAACAGCAGAUUCUUCUGGCCUUAACGAUGAAGGGAGACGAAAGAAGUGUUUGCUCAAGUGGAGUGACUCCAAGAAGAUUAAUCGAAUCUAUGGAGACUGGAUUGAUGAUUUACCGGUGGGUCAAAAGUCGACAAAACCAGUGGAGAGCUGAGUCUUCCUAGUUCUGGUUCCAUUUCUCUCGUCUUUGAUGAUCAAAGGUGGAAAUUUUGAAACAGUAGAAAUAAUGUUUUUCUGCUAUCAUUAGCAAUUCUUUGAUUGGCUCUGUUGUUGAUGAACUACAUAUAAUAUAUACAGCUUAGGAUUUCAAUGUCGUUCUAAUCUUUGAUUACAUAAAUUGCUUUGAUCAUUAGUGGCUUCCAUAUAAUAGCCCAGUUUGAUUUUUAA